AUGCAUGUCAAUGCUUUCCGUAAUUGCUUGGUCCUGGGUCUUGCCGUCUAUCAUUUCCAGCCGUCCCUAACUCAGGAAACCCCACCUUCGCAAUGCGCUACGGGUGUGCACGCCAUUCUGAUGCGAGGUCAAGGCCCUGGCGAUCAUCUUAAUGUUAUGAUAUCUGUCCAGAACCUGGUUCUACAGCUCAUUCCAGGCUCGACUAGCGUCGGUCUGCCUUAUGAUCACGGUGCAGAUGACCACCGCAUUGCCGCUUCUAAUGGCACCUACAUGAUGCAGGAUUACAUUCGGUCUUAUGCCGCUAGUUGCCCAGACUCGAAGAUUUUCAUUAUUGGGUACUCUUUGGGUGGAGUUGCGAUGAUGGAUGGGUUAUGCGGUACGAGCUCGCAGUGGCUCUUCGAUGUUCCUGCCCUGGAACCUCAAUUCAACAAGAGCGGUGGGUAG